AGGGGCACCUUACGACAACGUUCAAACUCAAUUUGUUUCGUUAAUAUUUCCCCAUUACCAAACAAACGAAAAACUGCCAAAAUGUCAGCAAUGGUGAAACUGGACGUUUCAGGAAUUGUUUAUGGGUCUGUCUCUACUUUACUAGACAGCUGUAUCAAGUCUGUUGUUAACAAUUUUGAGAAGAAUGCAGAUCACGUUGGAAGUUUACCGGCAAACUUGAAGGAUAAAUGUAUCUAUCUGAUGUCAAAGCGUGGACUUCUCACAGAUUAUAACAUUGGAAAAGUUGUACAUGACAAAGUGAAAGUGUUAGACCUCGCAGAUUGUGAGAUCUCAGAUAUUGGCCUCUCAGCAAUGUGCAAAUGUCCGCAGCUACGGAAGGUAGAUCUCAACUCUAAUAAGCAGUCCAGAACUAAUAUCACAUCAGAAGGGAUAUGCAGGCUAGCUAGAUCAUGCCGACACCUACAGACAGUCUAUCUGCGGAGAUGUAUAAAUAUAACAGACAUUGCCAUAGAAACGCUGUCAAGGUCAUGUCCUCAGUUAAGAUUGCUGAACAUUGGUGGAUGUCAGAAUAUUACAGAUUCUUCACUACAAGUUCUUGGAGAAAACAGCAAAUUCCUAAAAAGCAUAAAUUUUGCAAAUACCAAGGUGUCAGAUGCUGGUAUAAUGAAACUUGUGUCAGGACAGUGUGCUGCUUCAUUGACGGAAAUGCACAUCAAUGGCUGUCAGAAAGUAACAGAUGAAGCUGUAGAGGCAAUAAUGCAGUUCUGUCCUCAGAUAAACAUCUUGAUCUUCCAUGGUUGUCCCAACAUCACAGAACAAUCAAGACAAGCUCUAGAAGAUCUGACAGUAUCACGGUCCUCCCCUAUGAAACAAGUGACAUGGACAAUUUACUGAACAGUGGUGUUGUUGUAUACAGGGUCAGUCCAUAUAUAGCUGUGAUACAGACAUUACAUUGUGCUGAGAUUAACUACUACAAUAUUUGUCUUUACUGUUCUGUGAUUUUAUUGUUGAAUUCCAAUAGGGUUAUUAUUAUAGUAGCUCGAUCAGUGUGAUCCAACCUUGCAAAAUCCACGAUAGGCGAAUACAAAAUCCCAGAUCCAGUUACUGUCAUAAUGACCCUUUUUAGCUCACCUGUCACAAAGUGACAAGGUGAGCUAUUGUGACCGCUUGAUGUCUGAUGUCCGUCGUGCGUCAACAAUUUGUAAAAAAAUCUUCUUCUUGAAAACCACUGGGCAGAAUUACACCAAACUUCACAGGAAUGAUCCUUGGGUGGCCCCCUUUCAAAGUUAUUCAAAGAAUUGAAUUCCAUGGGGAACUCUGGUUGCCAUGGCAACCGAAAGGAAAAACUUUAAAAAUCUUCUUCUCAAAAACCAGAAGCCCUAGAGCUUAGAUAUUUGGUGUGAAGCAUUGCCUAGUGGACCUCUACCAAAUUUGUUCAAAUCAUGACCCCCGGCCCGGGGUCAAAAUUGACCCUGCCCCAGGGGUCACUUGAUUUUACAUAGGAAAAUCUUAAAAAAUCUUUUCAAAAAGCAGAAGCCCUAGAGCUUAGAUAUUUGACAUGUAGCAUUGUCUAGUGGACCUCUACUAAAAUUGUUCAAAUCAUGACCUCUGGGUCAAAAUUGACUAGAACUGUGUCAGGUCAUGCAUAUUAAUGAAAGUAGUCCGGCAACAUACAAUACAAAAGUUACAAUACAGAUUUUUAGCUCGACUAUUCGAAGAAUAGUCUAGCUAUUCUACUCACCCUGGCGUCGGCGUCGGCGUCGGCGUCACACCUUGGUUAAGUUUUUGCAUGCAAGUACAUACAGCCAUCAAUUAAAGGCAUAUAGCUUUGAAACUUAUUUUUUCUUUUUCUAGGUCAAUAACCAACCUCUCUGGGUCAAGUCCCAUAAGUCUGACAUGUAUUUUGAGCAAAUUAUGCCCCCUUUUGGACUUAGAAAAUUUUGGUUAAAGUUUUACAUGCAAGUUACUAUCUCCAAAACUAAUGCAGAUAUUGAUUUGAAACUUCACAUGUAUCUUUGGGGUUAUAAAAGUAGUUGAUAGCAGCAAGUCCCAUAACUCUGACUUUCAUUUUGGCCAAAUUAUGCCCCCUUUUGGACUUAGAAAAUUCUGGUUAAAGUUUUGCGUGCAAGUACAUACAGCUAUUUCUAAAAGGCAUAUAGAUUUGAAACUUAUUUUUUCUUUUUUCUAGAUCAAUUACCAACCUCACUAGGUCAAGACCCAUAACUCUGACAUGUAUUUUGAGCAAAUUAUGCCCCCUUUUAGACUUAGAAAAUUUUGGUUAAAGUUUUACAUGCAAGUUACUAUCUCCAUAACUAAUGCAGAUAUUGAUUUGAAACUUCACAUGUGUCUUCGGGGUUAUAAAUCUAGUUGAUAGCAGCAAGUUCUAUAACUCUGACCUUCAUUUUGGCCAAAUUAUGCCCCCUUUUGGACUUAGAAAAUUCUGGUUAAAUUUUUGCGUGCAAGUACAUACAGCUAUUUCUAAAAGGCAUAUAGAUUUGAAACUUAUUUUUUCUUUUUCUAGAUCAAUUACCAACCUCACUGGGUCAAGUCCCAUAACUCUGACAUGUUUUUUGAGCAAAUUAUGCCCCCUUUUAGACUUAAAAAAUUUUGGUUAAAGUUUUACAUGCAAGUUAUUAUCUCCAAAACUAAUGCAGAUAUUGAUUUGAAACUUCACACGUGUCUUCGGGGUUAUAAAACUAGUUGAUAGCAGCAAGUCCAAUAACUCUGACCUUCAUUUUGGCCAAAUUAUGUCCCCUUUUGGACAUAGCAAAUUCUGGUUAAAGUUUUGCGUGCAAGUACAUACAGCUAUUACUAAAAGGCAUAUAGAUUUGAAACUUAUUUUUUCUUUUUCUAGAUCAAUUACUAACCUCACUGGAUCAAGUCCCAUAACUCUGGCAUGUAUUUUGGGCAAAUUAUGCCCCCUUUAGGACUUUGAAAAUUCUGGUUAAAGUUUAACAUGCAAGUUUCUAUCUACAAAACUAAUGCAGAUAUUGAAUAGAAACUUCACAUGUGCCUUCGGGGUUAUAAAACUAGUUGAUAGCAGCAAGUCCCAUAACUGAUAUGCAUUUUGGUCAAAUUAUUCCCCCUUUUGAACUUAAAACUCUUUUUAUAUUUAACCUUUUUGGAUAAUAUUUUCCUGCUUCUGGGACAAUAUUUCGAAUAGUCGAGCUUGGCUGUCUUACGGACAGCUCUUGUUUUCUGCCUGUUCAUAUUUACUUGUGAAAUGCAAGCCCAAUUUUUACAGAAUUUAUAUAGGUAUAUAAUAAAUGCAAUUAUUGAACAUUUUUAUUCAAUUUAUUGUAGUUUUCGUUUUAAAGGGGAAUGUGAAGAUGAACAUCAAAAUUUCAAAGAUAGAUAGCAAAAUCUUUAAUCAAUAUUAGAUGUAUAUACACUUAUUCCACUUUCAAGUUUUUGUUAUGUAACUAAGUGUUAGAAUGCUUUUCUGCAUUAUUUUACAGGCCACACAAGUGUCUAUUAAAAUAAAUGAAACAUCAGAAGUGCUUGACUUUCUAUAUUAACUGUUUUUUACAACUUUUACUAUUCAGUUCAGAGUAAUGCCCAGAGUUAUGGAUAGUCAUUUUUUUUAUUUCUAAAAUAAUAAAAACAUUUGUUUGUAUAAAUUUGAUUUUUUAUCAAUUUUUAUUAAGAGCUGUCUAUAACAUAGUGAGUUCUCAACAAUUUGUAAGUUGAACAAGUGUUAGGUAAGACUUAAAUGACCCAAGUUAUUUUAUUAAAACGUAAA